AUGGAGUCAAGGAAUAAUACAGAAAUUUCAGAAUUCCUUCUUCUGGGACUUUCAGAGGAACCAGAAUUGCAGCCCUUCAUACUUGGGGUUUUCCUCUUCAUGUACCUGAUCACUGUGUGUGGAAACCUGCUCAUCAUCCUGGCCAUUGUCUCAGACUCCCACCUGCAUACCCCCAUGUACUUCUUCCUCUGUAACCUAUCCCUUGUGGACAUCUGUUUCACCUCUACUACAAUCCCAAAGAUGCUUUUGAACAUUCAGACACAGAGCAAGGUCAUAACCUAUGCAGGUUGCAUCACCCAGAUGUUCUUUUUUGUACUGUUUGUAGGACUAGACAACUUUCUCCUGACUGUGAUGGCCUAUGACAGGUUUGUGGCCAUCUGUCACCCCCUGCACUAUGUGGUCAUCAUGAACCCCUGGCUCUGUGUGUCAUUGGUUCUGGUAUCCUGGUUCAUGAGCAUCCUCCAUUCCUUGUUACAAAGCUUAAUGGUGUUGCAUUUGUCCUUCUGUACACAUGUGGAAAUUUCCCACUUUUUCUGUGAACUUAUUCAGUUGCUCCACCUUGCCUGCUCUGACACCUUUCUUAAUGAUGUAGUGCUAUACUUUGCAGAUGUGCUACUAGUUGUUGGACCCCUUUUGGGCAUCAUUUACUCUUAUACUAAGAUAGUUUCCUCCAUACAUGCAAUCUUGUCAACUAAGGGGAAGUAUAAGGCAUUUUCCACCUGUGCCUCUCACCUCUCAGUUGUCUCCUUAUUUUAUUGUACAGGUCUAGGUGUGUAUCUUAGUUCAGCUGUCAUCCAAAAUUCACAUUCAAGUGCAACAGCCUCGGUGAUGUACACUGUGGUCACACCUAUGCUAAACCCCUUCAUCUACAGUCUGAGGAAUAAAGACAUAAAGAGGGCUCUGAGAAUAUUUGGGAAGGAAACAAAGGAUCAAUUGUCCUAG